AUGGAUAAACUGUAUUUACACUCAUAUGUAAAAAUUCGUUUGUUAUUGGGUUUAACUGCUACACAAAUUCAUGAUGAAUUAACUACUGCUUAUGGACAAGGUGUUGUUGCAUAUCGCACAGUUGCUCAUUGGGUUCAUCGAUUUUCAAGUGGACGGAAGUCGUUAGACGACGAUCCCCGAAGUGGUCAUCCGUUAUCCGUCAUUACUCAACAAAAUUUUGAAGCUGUUAAAGACCUGGUGAAUGGCGAUCCACAUAUUAGUAUUGAUUAUAUUGCUGACAUGUUAGAUAUAUCACAUGGUAGUGCGGAUACUAUUCUCAAACACCACCUUAAAUUAAAAAAAGUAUCGCCAAAAUGGAUACCUCAUAAACUCACAUCAGCACAACGACAACGUCGUGUUGAUAUUUGUAGCGAAAAUUUACAGAAGAUUCAAAGUAGUGCAUGGAAAUUAUGUGAUAUAGUUACUGGUGAUGAAAGUUGA